UGUUGCAUAAUAUCUGGUGAAUCCCACUGAUUGAUUCAUUGCAAUAUUUUUCACUUUUCUUCUCCCCAUAAACUUUGCUAUACCUGACCAUUUCGUCUCCGAACAAGAGACGAGUCUGCAAGACUCUAAAGGACUUAAAGGAAUGGACUCGACAUCGAUUCAAUUUCCGGCUUCUUCUUUUGCUAUCGCAAUUGCACAAAGAGAACAACAACAAAAAAAACAACUUCAGCAACAUAAAAAGAACGACAACUUUUUCCUUAUCAAGAAUGGCCCUACAUUGACUUUCUCAAUCAAAUUUCUCUGAUACUUUGUUUGAUGAGUUGCCAUAUUCGUCCAGGCCCACUGCAUUAAGUAUUUUUACAACUAGCAAUCGUAAAUGAGCAAAGUUUGUUCCCGUUUUUGUCUUUUUCGGAACGUUCACUAGCUGAUAUUUAUCAUCCUACUCAAGUUAUGGGGUUCAACCAGUACCUUCAUAACCGGAAGUAAAAACUCACAAAAGGCCGCAAUGCACGCUAGUUCGAAUUAGGAAGCUCUGAUAAACACACGUUACUUUUCCCAGAAAACGACCCCGCGUCGAUCGAAGCUCCGACUUCAAUUUACAUUUUGCGUCUGGCUAGGUAAUUUCUGUGAAGUGACUUUCAAAUGGCCCAAACUAACCUUCCAACACAGCUUCAAGUGGGUGAAAAAAUAGUAAAUAUCCAACAGCGACUUGGUAACGGCGCUUUUGGUGUCGUCUACAAAGUAAUAGAAGAAGGAACGUCCAAAGUGUACGCUAUGAAAGAUAUCCUUUGUUUGAAUGAUUCAGCCAUUCGUAAUGCCAUCCGCGAAGCUUCAACACUAAACCGAAUCUCUCAUGAAAAUGUUAUUGCGAUCGUGAGUGUUGGCGAGUUUCGCGAUAGCCGAGGUUCGCACAUGUUGCUUUUGACCGAGUAUUGCCCAGGCGGAAGCUUAAAUGAUCGCCUUGCUCGACCAAGCAGCGACCAACAAAAUCUGACAUGGAUGACCCAAACCGUCGAAGCUGUUGCCCAUCUUCACUCGUGCAACGUAGUUCACCGCGAUCUGAAGGCAGAUAAUGUGCUCUUGACUGCAUCAGAAGAUGUCAAAUUGGGCGACUUUGGCCUUGCCCGUGAGUAUAUCGCACUAAAACGAGCUAGCGUGCAACAAGAUGAUGGUUCGUGGCUGACAACUUACACGCAAUACUACAUGCAAUCGGGAACAGGUCCAAUCCACUGGGUAGCUCCAGAAUUUUUCCGCGGCCAUUACACUGAAAAAGCCGACAUUUUCUCUCUCGGAACGCUCCUCUUUGCAAUACUCGAGCGGGAUUACAUCGUGAUCAACGGGAAAGCCAUUUACGGGGCCUUCGUAAGUGUUCCUGGUAGAGGGAAGUAUGGCGUCGGCUUUGCGAUGGAGAAUUUUGAUAGGAAUAUACGAAUUCAAUUUUCAAGUCACGCUCAAGGAUCCAACGCUCUACAGAGAAACGUUCAUGAGUUGCUGAAAUACAACCCAUAUGAUCGGCCGACCGCUCAAGAGAUUUGCAACCAUUUGAGAGUUAUUCAAGAGAAUAUAGGACUUGGACAGUCUUCGACUGAUUCGAAUGAGGCUGGCUCGUGCUUCUAAGCGUAUAUAUGUAACUCUGCCGAACAGGUGUAAUGUCAUUUCCGUACCUUGGUACAUGACCGGACAAGAAACUUAAAAGAGAACUUAAAAACUAUACAUGUAACACUUGUCCUUUAAAGUAAAGCGUUGCCACAUGAUUAUUAGCUGCAAGAUUAAGUUACAGAAAUUAAGGUAAGAGGCAUGCAAAUAAGAAUUUCAGGAAUAUAUCUUGGCUGUGAGUUUCUAAAGGACAUGUAAGCGUCUUGUCAACAUCGCUACAUCACAGUCCUUGUCAACAUCGCUACAUCACAGUCCUUGUUGGCCCUUUUCUUUUAAUCAACGUCUACCACAAUCUCUCGAACUAGGCGAAGAAAAUGUAAAGAGGUACUUAAUCUAUAGAAACUAAAACAAGUGACGGAAAGUGGAGAUCCAUCGAGAUCGUGCACUUAUCCCUUGAAGUUUCACUCUAAUUGUGCGCCGUGGAAUACAAGAGAAUUCUCAGCAGAAAGUUCGUUCGUAUCAUGUUUCGAUGGUUCGGUCGGGUUCUAAAGUUGAGCAAUAAAUUUUCUAUGAAAUGACUGGUUUUUUUUCACUUUUGAUGCCUAAAUACAGAGAAAGUGAAAUUCGCUACAUAAUGUAAGAUCAACAUAAGUUGGUUUCACGAGUAAUUUCUGAGAAACGUUACACUGCAAUUCGUGUCUGAGAUAAGAACCUUUUCAAUAAAAUGCUAUCUAAGUCUGGCAUCUGAGAGUGUGAAUAGAAUUCUUCCUUGUAAGGAUCUUUAGUUGAUAAACCUGGGCAAAUGCAAGACCAGGGAAGCUACGGAUUACGAAAUUCUUGGAAACAUAGUUUGAAGUAUGGGCUGUGUUACAGGAAUUUUGGAAGCCCAUGACUUCCACGCUUAUAGCCAGUUGUUUGUGUUUUGUUUGGUGUUUUGUUCAUAGCACUCUCCUUCAAGUUCUUAAUAAACAUAGGCAUGCGCAGCAUGCAAGAGCUA